AUGUGCGCCUUCAACGGCGCCGCGGUGGCCACCCGGGCCCAGUCGUCCUCCGCCAUGAAGAUGUCCUUCGAGAACGAGCUCGGUGCCCAGCCCCCACUCGGGUUCUGGGACCCUCUCUACUGGCUGGAAGACGCGGAUCAGGAAAGGUUCGACCGCCUCCGGUACGUGGAGAUCAAGCACGGACGCAUCUGUAUGUUGGCCGUCCUGGGACACAUCACCCAGGAGAACGUACGCCUACCCGGCAACCUUAACUUCGAGACUCCCUUCGCGGACAUGCCUAACGGUCUCGCCGCCAUCAGCAAGAUGGGCCCCUUUGGCGUCGCUCAGAUCGUCGUGUUCAUCGGCUUCCUCGAGCUUUUCGUGAUGAAGCAGAAGGAAGGUUCCUUCCCGGGCGACAUGUCUCGCGUUAACCCGUUCGAGAAGCAGUGGGAGUCGUUCGACGAGGAGACCAAGCUCCGGAAGCGUGCGAUCGAGCUUAACAACGGCCGUGCCGCGCAGAUGGGAAUCUUCGCGUUGGUCAUCCACGAGAUCCUUGACGGGGAACCAUACAUCAUCAACAAGAUCCUCGGCGACACAAUUGCCAACGUGUUCACCUUUUAAUUAGACCCUUACAGAUCCUCGGCACGUCCCCGUACCUUUGCCUCAGUGUUUGCGCAACACACGCGGGCAUGGACGGGGUGUUAAAUUGCUUGGAUCAGUUCCUGCCUUCGUCGCUGCUGGUUAUAGCUAGCACGUUGGUUCACACAUCAUAAUUGUCUUGGUUGUACAGGCCUUCUGCUGAGACAUUUUGGCGUCCCUUUUCUUUUUGUUGCGGUGGAUCAGAAGUCAGCAGCCCUGUCUUGUUUUGUGCAGGUCGACGUCGGCGAGAAUGUUGUCGGAGGUUGUGUUAUCCCCCUUCCAAAGUGCGACUUUGAGGGAACCCCACCGUUGUCUUGUGCUGAUGUGAGCAUGCCACACUUUCGUUCUGCCCAACAGGACCAUUUUUUUUCCGUCGAUUCUAUUAUAGUGCGCAAACGAUUGUCGUGUCGCUUUCAAUUUUGGGCUUGUGUGGUACGUGCUUUGACUGCUGCUGCCACGCACGCAUAAAAAAUGUCAAGACAACACAAGAUAAUGGCUGAUUUGUGGGCCUAGUGUCGCAAUAUAUUUGCUGUGCGGACGCGGUGGUUCCACCGCUAGGGCACUUGGAACUUGUUUCCCAAGAGAAACCCAAGUGGAACAAGUCAAGGCAAACGAAGGACCCUAUUUUCUCUAUCUAAGGAGCCCUGUGGCUGGAGAUCCUCCGCCGA